AUCACCCUUUGCACAGUACUGCUGUGGAUGCUUAUGGAGAGGAACAUUCACAAACCGAGGCACUUGGUCGUGUUUCAGCUUCACAAAGGAAAAAUACAGAAAGAAGUAAAAAAAUGCGUCGCUCAAAAACGCCUGACAGUGAUGUUCAAGGAUUCGACACAGCUGAUCCUGAGGAUGAACCCCCUAAGGACAAUGGGGCAAAAAAGAAGAUGCAGCCAUCAGAGAAGAACAUAUCAGAUCCUUCUGUGGAUAGCCCAUGUUCUGUACAGGUUUGGUGUCCCAGAGAGCUGAAGAGAUCUCCCACAGAUAUCACAGAACUGGAUGUUGUUCUGGCUGAAUUUGAGAAGAUAGCAGCAAAUUACAGACAAAGCAUAGAAUCACGUGUUUGCAGAAAAGCAAUCAGUGACUUCUGUUCUGCUUUCAAGGACCAAAUCACCGAUCUUAUAGUGGAAGUCCAGGAAUUAAAGAAUCUGAAGAAAAAAAAUGCCAAGGUAUUAACAGCCACUAAAAAGAAAAGGCAGCGACUGUUGCAACUCAGAGAAGAGCUAAUUGGAGCUGAAUCACAACUGAUAAAACUACAAAGAGAAUAUGCUGAGCUACAGGAAAGGAAAUCUUCCUUGAGGCAGGCAACUGAAUUAUUUACUGAUUUAAAGACGCUACAGCAAGACUGUUUGGACUAUAGAGAAGAGAACCCAAAAGAGAAAGUGGUAUAUGGAAUUUCCAGCCUACCUGCUCUUCUGGUGGAGUCACGGAGAAUUCUAGGAGCAGAAAGACACUUUCAGAAUAUUAAUACGAAACUGGAAGAAGCUCUGGCUGUACAAAGAGGGAAGUUAUCAAAGAAACUUUAA